UCCAACCCGACCACCGCGAUACAAACCGUGUGGAAAAGCAAGCAAGCAAAAAAAAAAUAACACAAGCGUCAAGCAGCCACAGAGCCAGGCAGGAGAAAUUUGCCGCGAGGAAGGAAAAGAAAGCCGCGAACCGAAUCGGCAAUGUCGAGCACGGAAGAUUUCUACCUGCGCUACUAUGUGGGCCACAAGGGCAAGUUCGGGCACGAGUUUCUGGAGUUCGAGUUCCGGCCGGACGGGAAGUUGCGGUACGCCAACAACUCCAACUACAAAAACGACACCAUGAUCCGGAAGGAGGCGUACGUGCACCAGGCGGUGAUGGAAGAGCUGAAGCGCAUCAUACUCGACUCGGAAAUUAUGGCGGAAGACGAUUCGCUGUGGCCACCGCCGGAUCGCGUCGGGCGGCAGGAGUUGGAAAUCGUGAUAGGCGACGAGCACAUUUCGUUCACCACGUCCAAGACGGGCUCGCUGGUGGACGUCAACCAGUCCAAAGAUCCGGAAGGCCUGCGUGGCUUCUACUACCUCGUGCAGGAUCUAAAGUGUUUGGUGUUUUCGCUCAUCGGACUGCACUUCAAAAUCAAACCCAUCUAAGCAAGCCGGUCGCCACCCCGCCCCCCACACACAAACAAACAGACACACACACACGGUUUUGGUGGAAUAACAUGAUAAUAUUUUCAUUUUAUUUACUAAAAAAAGAUUCUCUAUCGGCGUAACGUGAAACCGCUCUUUGUAAGAAUAUAGAAUAACAAUAAAAACAUCGUCCAGCGGAAGCUUUGGAACCAUA